ACACACUAACCCUGUCAGUUCCCUGAGGGAAAAAUUACAGGCGCUCUGCAUUCAUUUCUAAAUUUUCAAAUUUCGAAACCCUAACUCUCUCUCUCUCUCUCUCUCUCUCUCUCUCUCUGACAAAUUCAGAUUCCGGAGCGAGUGACCAAAACCCAGUUGACCCAAACCCAAACCCUGAACCCUUAAAUGGGUCACGACGAGAACGAGCUCGAAGAGAGAGAAGAAGAUGUGGAGAAGUUAGAGGAAGAUGUGAACGAAAUGGCUCAGAAGAUACUAGACUACAGGACUACACUACCGGAUCAGCUCAAGAGCGCUCUCGCUUCUUCUCUUGUUGCUCAGAGACCCGCUUUUCCGACCCAUUUAAGUCAUGGGUCGGAGCCCGGACCCUCUGGUUGUACCAACCCAGAUGCAGAAGGACCCAUUGAGUUGGGCAGAAGGCCCUCACUAGCACAGGAAGAUCAUGACACUGCUGAGAAAACACGAUUGCUCAAGCAAAAGAUAUCGAGUAAUGCUUCUGCUUUGCCUGUCCUGUUGAAGAGGAUGAAAGAAUGUAUUUCCAGAAUUGAAAGUCGAGAAUCAUGUAACGAAUUCAUACCCCCCGUUUUUAAAAGAAAAAAGACAAGUUGACUCGGCUCAUUCCACAUUUGAUUGACUUCCGGUGUUCUACUAGUACAAAGAGAGGAUUGUAUUGCUCUUAUUUGACAUCUUAAAUCUGCUUGAUGAUCCAUCGGGCCAUUGGAGAGCACGAUUGCAUAUUUGCGGAAUUAGGAUUUCUCCUGUUGUAUUAGGGCAUCGUCUGUAUUGUAAUUGGUUGAAACUAUUGGUUUAGAUGUCUAUUGUAUUGUUUUGUCGAUAGCAUUCCAAGAUCAUCAUGUAAUACAACAAUUUCAGCAUUUGUGGCAAUGUGUCGAUCUUAUUUUGCCUGUGUA